AUGGAUGACCAGCCCAAGUUCGCCAUCCACGCUGCAUGCCGGGAGGGCAAAGUUCAGAUCGUGGAGUCGCUGCUGAAUGCGCAUCCGCAGCUGGCCAAGCUGAAGGAUGACGAUGGCCGCUACCCCAUACACUGGGCCGCUUCCGCAAAUUCACUCGAGAUUGUUCAGCUUCUAGUCAACCAGAAAGGUUUCGAGGUCGAUGUCCAAGACGAGAGUGGCUGGACACCCUUGAUGAUAGCAGCGAGCGUCAAGGAAUCCGACGCUGUCGUAGACCUGAUUCUCAGCAGAGGCGCAGAUGUCAACGAGAAGAACAACAGUGGUCAGACUGUCCUUCACUUCGUCGCCUCCAAGAACAACAUCGACAUCGCCCGGAAGCUCUUCGACCAACAGCCGCCGGCAUCGGCCCGGGUCCGCGACAAGCGCGGCCAGUAUGCCCUGCACCGCGCCGCGGCCGUCGGGUCAGUGCCGAUGGUGAGCCUGCUGCUCAAGAACAAGAGCCCGCUGAACGCCACGGACGCUGCCGGAUACACUGCAUUGCACCAUGCAGUGGCGGAAGGACACGGUGAGCCCGUCACCCCAGAGACACAAGAUGCCCAACUUGUCAGGAAGAAACUUGCUAACUCGAACACGCUAGGUGACACUGCCGUCGCCCUGCUCAAAGCUGGAGCGGAGACGGACAAGAAGGACACAGAUGGCUAUCUCGCCCUGGACCUCGCGCCGGACAAGGAGGUACGGAAGUACAUCGAGCAAGCAGCAGAACGUGAGGGCAUUGAGCUCUGA